AUGAAAAAAAACUUAAUAUUAUAUGCUCAUGGGUUUGGAGGAAGUGGAUUUUCUAAAAAAGCAGAAAUUUUAUAAAAGCAUUUCCCAGUAUUAUCUUUAUCUUUACCUUUUUAGCCAAAUUUAGCAAUAGCAAAUCUUGAGAAUACAUUAAAAUACAUUGAUAGUAAAUAUGAAGUAACAUUAAUUGGGAGUUCUUUAGGAGGAUAUUACUAAAUUUAUUUAACAGAAAAAUAUAAUUUGAAAUGCGUAUUAAUAAACCCUUCGAUUUAGCCAUAUCUAACGGCUGCAAAGUUUAUUGGAAUUAAUUUUAGUUAUUAUGAUUAGUCAAAAUUCGAAUGGAAUUAAGUACAUACUUAAUCUUUAUAUCAGUAUGAAGUUUAGAAAAUUAAUAAUGAAAAGAAUUACAUGCUUUUUAUUUAAAAAGGAGAUGAAAUUUUAGAUUAUAAAGUAGCAUUAAAAAAAUUUCCAAAUGCAUAUUUAGAUAUUGAAGAAGGAGGUAAUCACGAGUAUUAAAAUUUUGAAAAAAAAAUGGAUUUAAUUAGAAAAUUUAUUAAAAUAUGA